AUGAGCUCGAACCAAGCAGAUGGGAAUAGCAACAAGCUCAUCUUGACAAGGGAGCUCCUCGAUGAGGCUCUUCCCAAGUUCAACAUUGCCACCAAGACAGUUCAUGCGGAUGACUUUUCAAGUACUCAGAAGGCCAUCGCCCCUUGCAUGCACAGAGCUGCCAACUUCCAGUAUCACCGUGAUCCCGAGGUAUUGCAGCCUCAUGAAAACACAGAUGAAUCUCAUAUAUAUGCCCGGUAUACAGCCCCGAACACCACCCGUUUCGAGAAAAUGCUCAGGGAAAUCUUUGGUGGUCACGUUGUUUCCUAUCAUUGCGGUCUCGCUGCCUUUCCACGGCAUUGGUAUCUUGGCGUCCAAAAGUUAACUCUCGAAGAACUUGACCGGCUGGAGGCUGGCGACAUUGUCCAAGUCGAAACACCGCUGAACCCUACCGGCACAGCGCGCAACCUCGAGUACUAUGCCGAGAGAGCACACGCUAAGGGCGCCUAUCUUACCGUCGACUCAACGUUCGCGCCCCCUCCGCUUCCGAACCCUCUCGAUCAGAGUGCGGACCUUGUCAUGCAUAGCGGGACCAAGUAUAUUGGGGGUCAUUCCGAUAUGCUCUGCGGUCUGUUAGUCGUUCCUCAACAUCGUGUCGAUGAGGGCUGGGUCGAAACUCUGAUCGAGGACCGUCGGACCUAUAGCUCAGUGAUGGGUAAUCUUGAGAGCUGGCUGGGGUUGCGAUCGCUGCGCACAUUUGAUCUGCGUGUUGGUAAACAGCCGGCCACUGCCACCGAUCUAGUCGCCUGGAUCAGCACUGAGCUGCAGAAGCCUGACUCAGUCAUUGCCAGAGCAAUCGAAAGGGUGGAGCAUGCGAAGGCUGACAUUGCUCAGAGACUUCCAAGUAGGCUUUACAUUUUCCAGCACGCGACAAGAUUUGGCGGCGUAGAGAGCUUGAUGGAGUGGCGUGCUAUGAGUGACGAAGGACGAGAUGCCAAAGUUCUACGAGUAAGCUGUGGAGUAGAGGAUGUCGAUGAUAUGAAAGCGGACAUCCUGCAGGGCCUGGAACACUUUAUUCGUGAUUUCCAGUAG